AUGGACCUGCUAGCAGAUACUAGAAUGCUUGACUGUAAACCAGCUGAUACACCUAUUGUUGAGAAUCAUAAACUUAGUGUUUAUAUGGAUCAGGUCCCAACUAACAAAGAAAGAUACCAAAGGUUGGUUGAGAGAUUGAUUUAUUUAUCAUUGACACGCCCUGAGAUUGCCUAUGUUGUAAGCGUUGCUAGCCACUUUAUGCAUUCACCUAGUGAGGAUCAUAUGGCUGCUGUGAUGCGUAUUCUGAGUUACUUAAAGUCUGCUCCUGGGAGAGUUACGUGGUGUAGCAAGAAGCAAAACGUUGUGUCUCGGUCCUCUGCAGAGUCUGGGUACAAAGGGAUUGCCCAAGGGGUUUGUGAAAUAUUGUGGUUGAGGUGGUUACUUGCUAAAAUUGGGUUUAGACUGAAUGCUGCUACAAAGCUCCAUUAUGAUAAUCAGUCUGCAUUUGAAAUUGCUAGCAAUUCAGUGCAACAUGAUCGAGCUAAGCAUCUUGCAGAUAUGUUGACCCAUGUCGUGUCAAAGCCCGGAUUUGAAAACUCACUUGACAAGUUGGGCAUUACGGAUAUCUAUGCACCAACUGGAGGGGAAGUGUUGGUGUGA